UCCAAUUUAUCACAGCAACUCAAGUCUCGGGAAAAGAGAUUUACUGAACGAAUCAACUCGUUUUUGGUUUUAACUUGACUCUUAGAAGACUAGCGGUCGACUCCGGACUCGUAAGCUAUUUACUAUUUACGAGUAAUAAUUACUCGUAUGUUUUUACCUGGUAUCCAAAGGUUGGAGGCCAGCAUCACGCACUACCAAAAGAAGUUGCAAGUGACAGAAGAUGAGCGAUGGUGAAACCCUAGUGGAAGCAGCACUGCGUGUACUAAACACACCAGACCCAGUUGAAAAGGCCAAACUUGGUGAUCAAAUUGCUAACAAAUGGCUACAAGGUCUCAUUUCGAAUGCCUAUCACACUUCACAACAACCCGAUAUCGUCGUCCCGGACCGCCCUGCCCGACUCACUAAUGUGAAGUUGGUUUCGCCUAGUCUUAUGCCGAAGCUUGGGAAAGCCGGAAGCUUGCAGAGUAGACAGGCUAUUGUGCAUAGCCUUGUGCAUACUGAAAGUUGGGCCAUUGACUUGUCUUGGGAUAUAAUAGCGCGUUUUGGCAAGCAAGAGUUGAUGCCAAGAGAGUUUUUUGAUGAUUUUGUUAGAGUUGCACAAGAUGAAGGUCGUCACUUCACUCUUCUUGCUGCUCGACUUGAGGAAUUGGGUUCUUUCUAUGGAGCUCUCCCGGCUCAUGAUGGUUUAUGGGACUCGGCUGUUGCUACAUCCAAAGAUCUAUUUGCACGUCUUGCUGUGGAGCAUUGUGUUCAUGAGGCAAGAGGACUGGAUGUGUUGCCUACCACCAUCUCCCGUUUCCGAAAUGGAGGCGACAACGAUACUGCUGAUUUACUCGAGAAAGUGGUUUACCCUGAAGAAAUCACUCAUUGUGCUGCCGGAGUGAAGUGGUUCAAGUAUUUGUGCUCACGAUCAAAAGCCCCCAAUGGAGAUGACGAAAGUGAUGAAGUGAUUGAGAAGUUCCAUGAGAUUGUGAGGGCAUAUUUCAGGGGGCCAUUGAAGCCUCCUUUCAACGAGGCAGCAAGAAUAUCUGCUGGGUUUGGUCCUCAAUGGUAUGAACCUCUUGCUGUUAAAGAUUUCUCCAAAUAAUAUGUAACGUUUAGAGGGUUCAUUACAGUCUUCAAUAUUGAUCUUCUAUGAAUUGAAGUGUUCUGUUGGCGAGUUGGUAUCUCUGUUCUGGUCUUUUAUUAAUGGUCUAAUUUGCUAGUA